CCUUAAAAAAUUUAUAUAUAAUUUAAAUAAUCAAUUCUUAGGGAAGCAAAUAUUUAAUUUGUUAAAUAUAAAAUUACACCUCAACGUGCAAAUAGCAUACAGCAUUGUAAAAUUCCGAGCCAAGAAUUUCCAGAUUCGCUGUUAUAUUCACUAGACUCUUUUAAGCAAAUUACAGAGCAAUCGUCACGCAAAGCCCAUCUUGACCCCGCCGAUAACAGCAGUCAACGUGAUGUGCUUGCAUAUUGAAUUAUAAUUUGCGAAACAGUUUAGUCGUACUCGGCCAGUGGCACGUUACGAAAGUCUCGUACGGAGAAGAGACAAUUUACCAUAAUGAAGGCAAGGAAUAUAGUUUGGUUACAAAAUGCUUUGUUACUCCAGGCGCUAUUUUUAUCAGCGUCUGUGCGUGCAUAUUCUGCUGGCUCAGAGGGCUCUUGUAGUAGCAAUUCAGUGAAAUCUGAUGCGCGUGCAUUUUUCGAGCGUGAAAAUGAACUACUACGCCAACGUCGUCGUAAUGAGUUUCUCACCUCGUAUGUAUAUAACACAAAUGUCACCGAGGAAAAUCGCAAAGCUAUGAUUGCGGUGGCUACAACAAAUGCAGCCGCAAACAAGGAGAUGACACGUAAUGUAAUUGCAUCGGGAUAUAUUGACUCAACCGAUGAGGAUAUUAAGCGCCAAGCAACUAUACUUGGAGAUUUGGGUAUAGAUGUGCUACCCGAAAGUGAUUAUAAGGAGUUACUCAAUGCAGUAAGCUUAAUGCAGUCAAACUAUGCUACUACAACUGUUUGCCCAUACAACAAGGAGGGGGAUUGUACGCUGCAAUUGGAGCCACAUGUACAGGAACGUCUCUCGAAUAGUCGGGAUCCAAAAGAGUUGAAGCAUUACUGGCGUCAAUGGUAUGACAAAGCAGGCACACCGAUGCGAGAGAAUUUCAAAAAAUAUAUUGAGUUGACCCGCAAGGCAGCGCGUCUGAAUGGUUAUUCGUCAUAUGCUGAUUACUGGAUUCAUUUCUAUGAAGACCCCGAUUUCGAAUCAAACCUGGAUAAGGUGUAUAAAGCUAUAUUGCCAUUCUACCGUGAAAUACACGGUUAUGUUCGUUAUCGACUCCGAGCGUAUUAUGGUGACGAAAUUGUGUCUGAGAAUGGAAACAUUCCAAUGCAUUUGUUGGGCAACAUGUGGGCCCAACAAUGGGACAAUGCAUUGCCACUUUUCACACCUUUUCCAGAAAAGCCGUUUUUGGACGUGACCAGCGAAAUGCAGCGUCAAAACUUCACAGUACGCAAACUCUUUGAGUUAGGUGAUCAAUUUUUCAAAUCACUCGGCAUGCGUGCGCUACCGCCAAGCUUUUGGGACUUAAGCGUGCUAACGCGGCCAGCAGACAGAGAAAUAGUUUGUCAUGCUUCUGCCUGGGAUUUGUACCAGGACAGUGAUGUGCGCAUUAAAAUGUGCACUGACGUCGAUACUCACUAUCUGUAUGUUGUACAUCACGAACUUGGCCACAUACAGUACUACUUACAAUAUGAAAAUCAACCGACAGUUUAUCGCUCAGCGCCAAAUCCCGGUUUCCAUGAGGCUGUCGGCGAUGUUAUUGCGCUUUCGGUCUCUACGCCCAAGCACCUUCAAGCCAUCGGUCUCUCAAACGUGGCCAAAUUGGAUGAUGAAAGUCGCAUCAAUGAACUGUUUAAGAAUGCGCUCAAAAAAAUCGUGUUCUUGCCUUUUGCCUACACUAUGGAUAAAUACCGUUAUGCUGUGUUUCGCGGCGAGGUGGAAGAAUCGAAAUGGAAUUGUGCCUUCUGGCAAAUGCGUUCAGAGUUUUCCGGCGUCGAGCCACCCGUACGUCGCACAGACCAAGAUUUCGAUCCACCUGCAAAAUAUCACAUUGACGCUGAUGUCGAGUACUUGCGUUACUUUGCAGCCCAUAUCUUCCAAUUUCAGUUCCUUAAAGCUAUGUGCACCAAAGCUGGUCAAUAUGUGCCGGGUGACCCAGAAAAAACUUUAGACAAUUGCGAUAUUUACAACAACAAGGAAGCUGGUGAAGCAUUUAGCAAGUUUCUUACAUUGGGCGCGUCGGUGCAUUGGAAAAAGGCGCUAAAGGAGUUCACAGGUGAAACUGAAAUGGAUCCAUCCGCGCUGCUGGAGUACUUUGAACCACUCAGCAAAUGGCUGCAAGCAGAAAAUGAACGCUUGAAAGUGCCACUCGGUUGGGGCGACACUGAUAAAAAACUACGCACCAUGAAAAUUUUGAUCGUCGUGCUUUUUGCCACAUUAGCGCUGCAGAAUGCGGUGGCCAGUGUAAAAGAGGAGAUUACGGCCACUGAGUAUAUUGAGAAUCUGAACAAAGAGAUUGCACGUCGCACCAACUUAGAGACCGAAGCCAGCUGGGCCUAUGCAUCUAACAUCAAUGCGGAGAAUGAGCGCAAGAAGAAUGAAGUCUCCGCCGAGGUGGCCAAAUUCAUGAAGGAGGUCUCCACAGAUUUACAGAAAUUCAAUUGGCAAUCCUUUAAAUCGGAAAGUUUGCGCCGUCAAUUCAAAAUGCUCACCAAACUCGGUUAUGCGGCACUCAGCGAGGCUGACUACGCUGAAUAUUUGGAUGUGAUGUCCACCAUGGAGUCAAACUUUGCUAAAGUACGUGUUUGCGACUAUAAAAAUGCCACCAAAUGCGAUCUCUCUUUGGAUCCUGAAAUCGAAGAUAUCAUUACCACCAGCCGCGAUCCGGAAGAGCUGAAGUAUUAUUGGCGCGAAUUUUACGAUAAAGCCGGUACUGCUGUGCGCACUCCUUUCGAGAAAUAUGUGGAACUGAAUACGAAAGCAGCCAAGUUAAAUAAUUUCAAAUCUGGCGCUGAAUUGUGGCUGGAUGAGUAUGAGGAUGACAGCAUUGAAAAGCAGCUCGAAGACAUUUUCGAUGAACUGCGUCCACUCUAUCAGCAAAUUCAUGGCUACGUGCGUUAUCGUCUGCGUCAACACUAUGGCGAUGCUGUGGUGUCGGAGAAGGGACCGAUUCCCAUGCAUUUGUUGGGCAAUAUGUGGGCUCAACAAUGGUCCAGUGUGGCCGAUAUUGUCUCGCCAUUCCCCGAUAAGCCGCUUAUUGAUGUCACCAAUGAGAUGGUUGCACAAGGUUACACACCACUGAAAAUGUUCCAACUGGGUGAUGAUUUCUUCCAAUCAAUGAAUUUGACCAAACUGCCACAAGAUUUCUGGGAUAAAAGUAUUUUGGUAAAGCCUGAUGAUGGACGCGAUUUGAUUUGCCAUGCCAGCGCUUGGGAUUUCUACAUCAUCGAUGAUGUGCGCAUUAAGCAGUGCACCCGUGUGACGAUGGAUCAAUUCUUCACCGUUCACCACGAAUUGGGACACAUCCAAUACUUCUUGCAAUAUCAGCAUUUGCCUUUCAUCUAUCGCGCUGGUGCUAACCCCGGUUUCCAUGAAGCUGUCGGUGAUGUGCUCUCACUUUCAGUCUCUACACCAAAACAUUUGGAGCGUGUUGGUCUACUGAAGAACUACCAACGCGAUGAUGAGGCGCGCAUCAACCAAUUGUUCUUGGCUGCUCUGGAUAAGAUCGUCUUCCUGCCUUUCGCCUUUACUAUGGAUAAAUACCGUUGGGCAUUGUUCCGUGGCGAAGUGGAUAAGAAGGAUUGGAACUGUGCUUUCUGGAAGUUGCGUGAGGAAUACUCUGGCAUUGAACCACCAGUAGUUCGUUCUGAAAAAGAUUUUGAUGCGCCAGCUAAAUAUCACGUGUCCGCCGACGUCGAGUACUUGAGAUAUUUGGUUUCGUUCAUCAUACAAUUCCAAUUCUACAAGUCCGCUUGCAUCAAGGCUGGUCAAUAUGAUCCUACCAAUCCGGAAUUGCCGUUGGACAACUGUGAUAUUUAUGGCAGUUUUGAAGCAGGUCAAGCCUUCAAAAAUAUGCUCUCAUUGGGUGCCUCUAAGCCUUGGCCCGAUGUAUUGGAGGCCUUCAAUGGUGAACGUACAAUGACUGGCAAAGCUAUCGCUGAGUAUUUCGAACCUCUCCGUGUAUGGUUGGAGGCAGAGAACAAGAAGAACAAUGUGCCCAUUGGCUGGACGACAUCUGACAAAUGUGUUUCCUCGUAAAACCGACGUGGUCUUAACAAGUUGAUGCAAAGAAACUUUUGCUUUUUUGGCGUUCAGUUUGAGUAUUAAACAAUUUAAUUUUCCUUAAAUUUUUGUAAAAUUUAUUUCUACAAAAAUUCAGUAUUAAAAUUAAUAAAUAUCAUAAA